AUGCGUAAUGUAAGACGGUGGGUUCAUGAAGCUUGGGCCCCAAACGGGUACAAGUUAGUGUACGGAUGCAGGAACAAGGACACAUCGGUUUUCGAGUCCACAUUCUACUGUAGUGCAGCUACUGCCGCAUUGGCCGCCUAUGCAACACAAAGCUGCCAGGGCAAGGAGUGGGGCCCAGCUACCUGGGCUGGCCCGAAGGGGAGGCUGGCCCGAGUGCCAGCCCGGGCAAUCUGA